UGUUUGUCGGCCUUCAACCUAUACUCCUUGAUAAUUGCUUAGCUUGAUGUUGCAGUUUCAAAGUUACGCGCGAACGAGUCAGUAUAUCCGACGAGGUUAUUAUUCAUUUAAGCUGAUUCCUAACAUUUUAUUAUAAGUUCAGGGAAAGUGCGUCAAAUACACCACUGUCAUCAUGUCUGCAAAUGUUGGCGACUUUCAGAUUUUCGUGAACGUUUAUUCUCUUGCCAAUCCAGCCUUUUGCAGUUAUUUGCUGUGCGUGUCACUUUUAGUACUGAAAAUGAUGGGUACUAUUUUAUUGAUUGUAUACCACAGAAUGACAACAAAGUCAUUCAUAAGCGAGGAGGAUGCUGUGUGGCAGAGAGGCGAUACCGCGCCAAAUGAAAAGGUAGAGAGGGUGAGAAGGGCCCUAAUGAACGAUCUGGAAAACAUCAUCAUGUUCCUGUUCAUGAGCCUGGCUUACUUAUCUGUCAGACCGCCUCUUUGGGUAGUCAAUCUCCUGCUAGCAAUCUUUCUAGUCUCCAGGGUGCUUCACACGUUUUUCUACGCCAUGUUCGUGGUUCGACAGCCAGUAAGGGCGAUUUUGUGGACGAUUGGUUUCAUCAUUACCGGAUACAUGGCAGCCCAUACGGCGCUUUACUUGUUGAUUAAUGGAUACAUUUUUUGAUUUACUUUUGUGAGGUUUUGUGUAUAUGUAAUAUAUUUUUGUGAGGUUGUGUAUACCUAUGUAAUAUAUUUUUGUAAGAUUUGAA